AUGACGGACGCCCCCGAGGGAGAGACCAUGGACCGCAGCACUAGCACCAGCACCAGCAACAACGAUAACAAGAAGCCCAAGAAGAAGCAGAAGAAGAAGCCCAAGAAGCCACAAAAUCGCAAAGAGGCACGGGCCAUUGAAUUGCAGCAAAAGGUACAAGAAGAACAGCAACAAAAGAACCCAAAUGGUGAAGUCACUCCAAAUAAUAAAAAGCAGCAAGAAGAGCAAUGGUGGGAUCCCUGUGUAGAGACAGUUGGACACUGUGUUUGCUGCUGUGGGCUAUUUGACAGGGACCAUAGGUGGAUGCGCAUUUUCGAUCUUUGUGCUCCCUGCUGUCGAUGCUGCUGUGGAGUUUCAGGAGCCUCUUCGUAG